AUGCCGCCCAAGAAAAAGGGUUCGGCGGACCGUCAGGACUCAGGUGCUAUUGAGGAGAAAGAGAAGAAUGCUCAGGUGCAACUGGAGAAGGCCAAGUUUAAACCUGUGGCAUUUGCUGUGCGCACAAACUUCACCUACACUCCUGCCGAUGACGAUAAUGUUCCUAUGCCAGGGCAUGGUGUUUCCUUUGAGGCAAAAGACUUCCUGCACAUCAAAGAGAAGUUUAAUAAUGACUGGUGGAUUGGGCGGCCAGUGAAGGAGGGAGGAGAGGUGGGUUUUAUCCCCAGCCCCGUGAACCUGGAGACCAUCCUGAUCAGGAGAGAGGUGCAGGCCCGCAAGGCUGCCAAAGCCCUAGCCAAUAAAGCAGCAAGUGCUGCUCAGAAUAAUGAUUUGAAUUCAAAGAAAGCUGCCCCUCCUCCUACAGUUCAACAGGUGAAGAAGAAAUCGGGGGAACAGUUAGCUGCAUAUGACGUUGUGCCUUCAAUGCGUCCUGUUGUGCUGAUUGGGCCUUCACUCAAGGGCUAUGAGGUUACAGACAUGAUGCAAAAAGCUCUCUUUGACUUUUUAAAACACAGAUUUGAGGGGAGAAUAACCAUCACUCGGGUCACGGCUGACAUCGCUCUUGCAAAGCGUUCUAUAUUAAACAACCCGGGCAAGCAUGCCAUAAUGGAUCGCUCCAACACCCGCUCCAGCCUGGAUGCUGCUGCCCAGAUCCAGGGGGAAGUCGAGCGGAUCUUUGAACUGGCCCGUAGCCUACAGCUGGUUGUUCUAGAUGCGGACACCAUAAACCACCCACUCCAGCUCAGCAAGACCUCCCUUGCACCAAUUCUGGUCUACGUCAAGAUCUCGUCCCCCAAAGUCCUAGCAAGACUGAUCAAGACAAGGGGAAAGUCUCAGACCAAACAUCUCAAUGUCCAAAUGGUGGCUGCAGACAAACUGGCCCAAUGUCCCAAUGAGAUAUUUGAUGUCAUCUUGGAUGAGAACCAGUUGUCGGAUGCCUGUGAGCACAUUGCUGAUUACCUGGAGGCCUACUGGAGGGCCACCCACCCCCCUGAGAUGGAGCCUGUCAAUCCCAUGUUGGAAAAACUGGCAGAAAACACACUACCCACCAGUCCUACACCUGCAAAAGUACCAGCUCCUGCAAAGGAUGAACACAAGAACAAAAGGAUGGCAGCGACGAAGAGGAAAGGUUCUCAGGAGAACCAGGAGGAGGACGAGGAGGAGGAGGAAGAGGAGGAGUUCUCUGAGCUCCAGGAACAGAGGGAUGAGGAGGUUGAGAGGGAGGAAGAAGAGAGACUCCUGAGGAUUGAGCCAAAAAGACCACAACACGCUCACCACCAUCACCAUCAUCACCACCGCUCUAAUAGGACUGAGCACCAGAACCACCAACACCACCACUCCCACCAGCAGCCUGUCGACAUGGAGAUGCUUCCCAGUAAGGACUCGAUGUACGAGGAACCACGUCGCAGACGCGUGCUCCUGGACGAGGAAGAGCCAGACACGGACGUCUACCAUAGGACUGCUGGUCACAGAGACCACAACCAUCACCAUCACAAUCACCAUCACCACCAUCACCACCAUCAUCAUCACCGUGGCAACACUGACGUUCAGGCAGAUGUCCCGCACCGCGGACGGGACUACGAGCUAGAGCACAACGAACGCAACAGGCAACACCGGCACCAGAACCAGCUCCGGUCGGACUACGUCCACCACUACACCCACACUCAUCAUAGUCAGCACCACUACCAAGGCAGAGAGCGAGACAGGUACAGAGACAGAGACAGGGACAGAGAGAGAGACAGGGAACACGAGAGGGACGGCAGACGGUGCGAGCCUGAGAAUUGGCACAGAGAUGUGUACAUUCACCGGUGA